AAUCACUUCGAAGAAUAAUAAAAGAUAUGCCUCGAAAUUGAGAACAGACUAAGUUGUGGAACACUGUUAAGUCGCGGAAGUUGAGCCUAUUCCCCACCUCCUUCUCCAACAUAACUUCUCAUCUCACGUGCGACUUGCGGCUUGCGAUGUGUUGCGAUGUGUUUCGUAAGCUUUGAAGAGACGCGAGAGUUACGAGAUCGCCACGCGUAGCGGCUAGGUUAGGUUCCUCAUGGUAGCCGAGACGUCGCGUCGCUGAUGCGCGGGCAGAGGCACGAUACGUGCGAACGAACAUAACCUCGGAACGGUGACCGGCGCAACCGGUCAAAGAAACGAUAAGGAGAUAGUCGUAAACGCCGGCGUGACAACUCGUCCGCGCGCCGAGGUGCCGAACGUGCGCGGUGAGGUUAGGUCAUGGCGAAGUAUCUGAUACAGAUCAUCGUGAUGGGCACGCAGGUCGUCGGCAAGGCGUUCGCACGUGCGCUGCGCCAGGAGAUCGCGGCGAGCCAGGAAGCGGCGCGGAGAGCGGGCGGUGGAAAGCAGGGUGCGCAACACGUCGCCGCCAACACUAAGACCGGUCUCACCCUGGAUGAGGCCCUUCGCAUCCUAAACGUGGAACGCCCUGACCAGACGGAGUUGAUCGAGCGAAAUUACAAGUAUCUCAUGGAAGCCAAUGACAGGUUGAAGAGCGGCUCAUUUUACCUACAGUCAAAGGUUGUCCGUGCUAAAGAACGCAUUGAUGAGGAACUGAAAAAUCAAAAAGGAACAACAUCGACACCAUCAUCGUCGACGUCGCAGCCAGGUUCGACGAGCGAUCAGGAAGUUUCCAAACAGUCAUGAAAUUUACUCCUAGUCUAAAUUUACUUAAUUCUAAACAACUGUAUAUAAUGUUAUAAUAAAUAGAUUCUGGAUUAGAAUGGUUUUAAUACAGUA